CCCUGUUGUCCCUUCUUCCCACCAACGACUCUGUCUGUGAGCCUGUGUGAGACCACUGCACACUGCAGUAACUUCAAGCAGAGACUGAAAUCACCGCUACACAACCCCAAACCCUCACAUCCUGGAGCCGGGCAUACCUACCUCGUCUGCUUUAGCUACCGAUGUCUAAACCGCCGCAAGCAUAGCGUCUGAAUUAAAGAAGCUUCAGCGAUCACACCGCAACGGUUGGUCAAGUGCCGACCAAUGGACGAUCUUUUGUGCUCGGUAAGAGGCGGAGUCUAUUUGUAAGCGACUAGGGAGAGACUCGGUUGUUGUGCUACGGAUCACUAGUUUUUCCCGGGGAUUGCUGAAACCGAUGGAUUGAUAAAAAGCAUCCUGCCUGCAAAGGGUUGCAACUUUACACAGCAAGGUCCGGAAGAGUUCAGCAGCAGUGGGAGGAGACCGUGUACUAAACAACGUGUACUGAACAUCGCGGGAAUAUCGGUGACGCGAAUAGUAGGUUUUCAAAGGACUUGGUGGUAAACCCAUGAGGAAGAACCUUUCGGGUUGAAGGCAGCAAUGGAAGUUGUCGUGACAGAGGAGAAGAAGAAGAUAUUCCGUGCCAGGAAAACUAUGAAGAUCAGUGACCGACAGCAACUGGAGACCCUUCACAGCACUUUGUUGACAGCACCUCCGGGUGUGUCCGACACAGCUUCCCCACCUCUAAUGAAUGGGACACACAAGGAGGAUGGACAAAAAGCGGGGUACAUAGAGCACAGUAACAUCUCGGACUCAGGCUCCCCUCAAGCUGAAUCUCCGGCUCCUUUCCUUUCCCUAAAUCUGUCUCCUUCCCCUUCCUCUUCACAAAGUUCCAAGGCUAAGGAUGACAUUUCUAGUCCUCCCACAUCUCCGUUCCACUCCUUGAACUUUGAACUCAAAAAGAUAGAGGAGAAGGAGGAUGAGCCCAAGAAAGGUUUGUCUGCCUCCUCAUCAAAGGAAUCCGCUCCAGUAUCAUCAACAGAAUCUAAGGAAAACCAGGAAAAAGAAUCUGAGGUGACACCGGCCGUGGAAAAGAAGGAGGAGGAGAAAACAACAACAAAGGACCCAGCUAAGGAUUUGCUAAAGGAUUCUGUUAAAGGUUUGGCUCCAUGUUUACCACCUCCAGGAUCUAACUGCACAGAACCAAUGGAGACAGAUAGUGACACUUCAAAGGCCAAGGACACUGAGGCGCCCACAACCAAAACAAAGGUUGAAAAGCCUUCUUGCCACAAAACUGCUUCCCAAAUUCCAUCUCAUCCUGCUUCCUCUUCCAACAAUAUAAAACAAGAGAAGGAUCUCAGAAAGGAGGAUGUGAAAAAACCGAAGGGGGAAAAGGAGGCUGCUAAGAAAGGAUCAAUGAACGAGGACAAGAUGGAUGUGAAUUUAGUGAAAGUAGAGACCAAAAAGGAAAAAACUGAUGUUGGAAAAACCAAAAAAACAUCUCGGCCAUCUUCCACUCCACCAUCUAAUGCAGUGCAAGAGGAAAAGGGCUCCACCUCUGGACUGAAGCGCACUUUAUCAGAGGGAUCUACAAAUGAUGGACAAUCCGUGAAACGUGAGGGGAAGAGACCCAAAGUGGAGCGUGAAGAGUUGGAGGCAAAACUGGAAUUUAAAUUUACCACAAAAGCUGGCAGUCACCACAAACUUGAAAAGAUUGUGCAACACCUCGUAGAAGAGCGGUUGAAGCUCAUGGAGCAGAGCAUUUUUGAUAAACAUUUCCAAGAGCUGAAGGAAAGAGUUGACAAGAUCGACUGUGCCACUAAACACCAAACCGCCAUUAACACACUCCAAGCCAAGAUCAACCGACUAACGAAAAAGUUUGGUGAGGCCAACCAGGCGUCAGAGAACAAAAGGAAACAGGAGGCGCUAGCUGCUGUGUCUGCUGCUACUGCUGCUACUGCUGCUGCCGCCAAGACUGCCACUGUUGCAAACAACUCUCAAAUUCAAAGGUCAGUUCGAACCUCCAUGGAGCUAAAGCAGAUCCAAACAGUGCCUACGUCCUCCACUGGUCUGGUCCACACACCCACCUCCACUGCCAUGGUUUCACAGGCCCCCAUCCUCCAGCUGAUCACCACCACCUCUAAUGCUGGCUCCACCCUGGCAACUGGCAUCACCACCCAGAGUCCCACAGGCACCCUGCUGCUGAAGACGGCCAGCGGGAGCAGCAUGAUGGCAGCGGGCCAGCCGCUCCUCAUCCAGCUGCCUUUAUCGAUGACUAACGGCCAGGCGGGAACGCUGGUCAACAUCCCUGUCUCCUCUUUGUCUGCGGCCACCUCGCUCAGCAAGGCCAAAACCACGACUCCCACCACCACUUACAUACUCAAGCCUGCUUCCGCUAUUACCACUUCCUCAGCCUCUGGCCCCGUUGUCGCCACUGUCCCCUCGCUCCAGGCCUCCACUGGCAUGAUUUCCUCCGCCCAGAUCUCUCUCGCCCGUGCUGUGUUCCAGGGUGGUGCCGGGGGUAUAACGACACCCAAUGCAGGGGUAUCUGUGACCACAGCCAGGACGCCGGCUCAGUCUGUCUCUGUUGCAGGAGCCAUGUCUUCAGCCUCUUCACCGGCAACAUCUGGGCCCGCGGCUACAGGAUCCACCGCUCCGGGACCGCCACAAGGGACGUCUCUCACAUCAAAGACAGACAACCAGGCUACCGUUUCUAAUCCGUCCAAAGCAACUGCUCAAGGUGUGCGACCCAAAGGCUCCGUCAUUGAUCUCACUGAGGACGAUGAUGAUGUACAAGUGACAGGGGUGAAGAACGCCACAGCUGCAGCUCCCUCACCCACCCAGCGCCCGAACCCCGUCAUCAGCAUCCCUUUAAGUACAGGAGCGAGGUCAUCUCCACAGAGCAACCCUCAGCUGACGGUCCACCAUCGCCCCCCACUGGACGCUUCUCUGAAAUCCCGCACUGUAACCACUACUACGCCAAGCCGGGGCUCUAGUGCUGUACUGCCCCCGCUCCCCGCUGCACCCGUACCGGCACGCUUGCCUCCCGAGGCGGAGCGGUCCUCGCCUCCGCAGCAGCCUCAGCUGAAGCUGGUGCCCAGCCAGACCGGCAUAGUGCUGUCCUGGUGUGUGUCGGAAACGGAUCGGACCUGUGCGGCAGUGGACAGCUAUCACCUCUAUGCCUUCCAUCAAGACAACUCCAGCAGCAGUGCAGCGCAGCAACACUGGAAGAAGAUCGGGGAGGUGAAGGCCCUCCCGCUGCCCAUGGCCUGUACACUGACACAGUUCCAGUCUGGCUCCACGUACCAUUUCGCCGUUCGAGCCAAAGACAUCUAUGGGCGCUUCGGGUCUUUCUGUGAACCUCAGUGCACUAAUGUCAUCAAUUCCAACAAUAGCUGAGCAGUGAAGGAAUGGAAACGUAUUCUUCAUGACUUCUUUUAUGUCUUUAGGACCUCAAAUAAUGUGAGUGGAACAUUUACAGUAUUUGUAAAUAUUUCUCUACAUAACAGCGGGACUUCUGGAUGAAUUUAAGGAUUGAAGAAACUGCAAACUGUUAGUUUUGUUUGGUUCAUGUAUGUUAUGUGUUUUUUGUCACUGUUGUAUACAAUUGAAUUACUUUACAUCCCCACCAAGUCAGAUAUUUAUGCUGUUCUCCCGUUACUCUGACCCGGAUGUCUUUUGCUUGACUGGAGAAUAGGUGAAAGGAUUAUCCUUGUAAAUUGCACAGAACUGUAUAAAUGUGUUAGAAACUGUAUGAUCAUUUUUGUAGGUUUUGUCUGGCAACCAGACUUUGAAAAUCACAAUAAAAGGUUUUAUUAAA